UAUAUAUGAUACUCCCCAUUACAAUCAGCCUAAGAGCAUGGUUAAUAGUACAGCCAGCUGCUGGCUAUAUGAUGUUGACACGUCAUUUAUAGCCAAGCUUAUAACCCGCAAGCACAAUAGGUAGAUGUAAGGACAUCUCCAAUAGUCGUAUGGUCAUCGUUGGUAAAAUUGCCACAUAUACGAUUUUAAUGACAUGGCACAUAAUAAAAGAAGAGAGAGAAUGAAAUCGUACGAACUUGAAGCAACGGCUCAGGCACAAGCUUCGAGGUAAGCAUGGUCAUUUCUUCAACAUUUAGUGAACCCGUUUAGUUAUUUUACAUACGAUUAACAUAUACUUCAUUGAAGAGCUUGUAUGAUGUGCUGUUGGCUGCUGACGUGGACAUUUAUACCAACGAUUGAACAUACAGACUGUUGGAGAUGCUCUAAAUAAGUACUAUUUUAUUGAUAGAAGGCCCACCAUCCUUUCUCACAAAGUGUCCAGGAGCACGUGUUACAGCCGACUAUUAGUUUGUAGCCCGCUUCUCUUCUCUCUCCUCUUCUCUCUUUUCCAACUCAUCAUAAAUAUAUUAUUUUAAGUCUUACAGCCCGCCUACAUUAUUCUAAUGUACUUGCUCUAAGUUACUUGCACUAGGGCUGUGGACUCUUUUGCAUUUGUCGACGUGUCGUCUGUCUGCUUGCUCAGGUCCAACUUGCAUGUUUUACUCUAAUCUUUUUCGCGGGAAAGCAAGUCAGUUGGCUCGGGAGCCGUAUUUUUUGCAGUUCGAUACUUUCUGGUGGUGAUGUGAGGAUCUGUUGGUGGUAUUAGUUACAUACAGCCAGGUGAAAGCGAUAGGCAGAGAGAGAGAGAGGAUCACUAUGCCUGAAUCUAUCUAAGCCAACGAGGAUCAAGGCUGGCCGCUCCUAUUUACACACGAGCUCGCUGCCUAUUUCUGAUCAAGGCUGUAUAGAUCUGGGGUCUCGCCGAAAUUCAUGCGAGCACAAAAGAAACGCCAGCCUCUUCUCUUGUGCCUCCCCUUCCUCUCCUGAUCUCCAGAGCGAGAGGGAGGGGAUCUAGAUAGAUAGGAACUCCAACCCCGGCCGUUUCGGUCAUCCAGAGACAUGGCGUUAUUCUCCAGAGCGUCGUCCCUUGUUGCCAUGGCCAUCGUCGUCGUGCUGGCCUCCGUGGCCACCGCCCAGGGCCCUGCCCCGGCACCCACCGCCAGCGAUGGAACGAGCGUGGACCAAGGGAUCGCGUACGUGCUCAUGUUCGUGGCGCUUGCCCUCACCUACCUCAUCCACCCGCUGGACGCCUCCUCCGCCUACAGCCUCCUCUGAACGCAACUCCGGCCCCGCCAUGUCCAUGCGGUGUAAUGAGCGUUGCAUGUUCGAUCAAUUCAUCCAGUCUAAUCGCUCGCUUCGGAAACCAGGAUUAAUUGUGUGGUCUAUGUAGUUUCUUCUUUCUAGCUUUUUCAGUUGGAGAUUUGUGAGAUGCCAAUUCCUUAGCUUGUACGUAGUGAUGUAAUGCAGUUGUUCUCAGUCCGGAAAUAUCCCCGCACAAGAGAAAACACACACUAGUGCAUAGACGCAUGCUUGGCAUGCAUGGUUAUUUCUUGCUCGCAUGCCCAGCGCCCGCGCCGGCAGCGUUGCCUGUGCUCGCACCUGCACUGCCCUCGGCCGGCAGGGUGAAGGUGGUGCUGCUGGGCCCGAAGUUUGCCAAGAAGAACGUGAGCGGGUACAGGACGGCGAAGAGGAUGUGGGUGUGGUUCUUGAGGUAUUCGUGUUUGAUGCUCGUCAUCAGGAAGAGGGACAUCAUGAAUGUUCAAUCGAUGAAUUGAUAGGCAUACAGAUUACACUUAUAUAAAGCAAAUACUGUUUCUGUCA